AUGAAAAAUAUAAGUUCAAUAGUUGAUUAUCCUCCUUUUGAAUUUACUGGGAAAAGGAUACCAAUAAAAGCUCUAAUCUGUAAUGAACUUUCUUUUCCAAAAGAGACAAAACCAAUUUAGAAUUUUUUGAUCUUCUCAAAUUAAUCUGGAUUAAAAAGAUCAAAAUCUACACCUCCGUCUUUGAGAGAGUUGUUAACUGAUGCAUUUACUAUCACUCUCACAGAAAGAACAUUACCAUCAAAAAGAAUUUCGAUUUUGCUUCCAUUCAAAAAUGCUGUAGAAAAGAUUAGAUCUAACAAUAGAGAAAUCAUGGCCAGAAGAAAAUCUUGUUAUGGAUCAUUGUUUGGAAUCAAUUAACAAAAACAGAUGGUAAAUUAUCCCACUUCGAUUGAAAUGCAUAAGAAAAUUAAUGGAAAAGAAUUCGCUCUCUCAAGCUUUGCUGAAUUGUUAAAAAAAAAUCAAAGGAAAAGCACAAAGCGUCCCAGUCUUGCUCGCAAACUCUCGAAAUAGAUGAGCUUAGUUGAAUAUGAUAAUAUGGAAAGACCUCCUACAUGUAAAACUCCAAGGGAAACAAAGAUCAUAUUAUUCAAAAAGAAGAAUUCGUCGACCUUAACAAAGGAGAAAUAUAUCCAAGGAUAAAAAUUAAAAUUGUUUCAUUUCAUGAAUGAUUCUUAGUCUAGAAAGAUACAAUUAAAUUCAAUGCCCUUUAGAAAUUCUAUCAAACAUAGAGGUGACACAAUGAAAUUAAAAACUUGCAUGACAGAAUUACUCAGCACAUAAAGAAGUCCAACAUCAAGUUAUAGAACUACUACAUAUGAGAGACCUUAUUAAAAGUAGAAUGAAUUACUCUCAAAAUUAAUAAAAACUGAACACAAAAGUAGAUCUCACUACCUUCCUAAAUCCACUUUUAAUGCUUUCGGCUAUUGA